UUCACACGCAAUACUUUCCGGAAAAAUAACUCUUCCUAACAGAAUAAAGUGUUUAUUUAUUUUUCACGCUGUCAAUUACACGCUUACGUGUCUUUUUAGUUUACUACGUAGCCCACAUUUGGCGCGAAAUUCUCAUGUGGGCGGAUGAGGAAGAAAAAAAGAAGCCGGAGUAUUAAAUGUCUCGAGAGCAGCAGCUUGUCAUGAUUCAUGCUGAGACAACAACACCGUGCACCGGCUGAGCGUUAAAUACUUACUACAGUUUUGUAGUUCACUGUUAUCGAGAGAGAAAGAAAGGAUAUAUUCGUCAAACACUGGUUGCGUUGGAUGAAACGCAUUGUGAGGAUUUAACUGUCACUCCGCGGAAUAUUUGGAUUUUACUUAGUUUUCCCUGGGAGUCAUAACGGCAGCCAUAAUGCCGCCGGUGUUGCCCGUGUCCUGCGGGAACUACGACUACGACUACGACACGUUGCAGCCCUACUUCUUCGUGGAUGGCGAGGAGGAGGACUUCUACCCGCCCCCGCGCAGCCAGCUCGUCCCGGGCCCCGGCGAGGACAUCUGGAAGAAGUUCGAGCUUCUGCCGACCCCGCCGCUGUCUCCGAGCCGGAGACCUUCCCUCUCGGACGCCUCGCUGUCCGCCGCGGAGCACUUGGAGGCCGUGUCGGACCUGCUGGGCGAGCGCCGCGUCCCCUCGGCAGCCUUCCUGCAGUCCUUCAUCAUCCAGGACUGCAUGUGGAGCAGCAGCUUCGCCGCCGCCACCAAGCUGGAGAAGGCCGUGUCCGAGAGGCUGGCUUCGCUACGAGCACGCCAGAACUCCUCCGGGACCGACAGCGCUAACGGAGACGCAGCGGAUGAUCAACAGGUGAGCAGCUCUCGGGUGAACCCGGGGUACCUGCAGGACCUCCACACAGCGGCGACAGACUGCAUCGACCCCUCCGUGGUGUUCCCCUUCACCAGCCUGAGAGAGAAGAGCAUCCGUGGAGCAGCGACGAAGGUAGAACCAGAGCUGUGUCUGGACUCUCCACCUCUCACCAGCAGCGACAGCGAAUCAGAAGAAGACGAAGAAGCAGAAGAAAAGGACACCGAGGAGGAGGAGGAGGAGGAGGAAGAUGAGGACGAGAUCGAUGUGGUGACGGUUGACCGGCGGAGGGCCUCGCGGCGGCCUGACCCGGUCACCUCGGCGCCGCUGGUCCUGAAGCGUUGUCACGUCAACAUCCACCAGCACAACUACGCCGCCCAGCAGCCCUCGGUAGCUCUCCAACCGGCUCUCGGCAAACGGAUGAAGUCCGACAGCAGCGGCGGCGGCUCUAGCCCGUCUACGAGUCCUCGCUCGGACAGCGGCUCGGACGACCACGCCAAACGCAGGACUCACAACGUGCUGGAGAGGCAGCGCCGCAACGAGCUGAAGAUGAGCUUCGUGGCUCUGAGGGACGAGGUCCCCGCCGUGGCCGGCAACGACAAGGCGGCCAAAGUGGCGAUCCUGAAAACGGCGACAGAGUUCAUCUCCGAGAUCCGAGAGGACGAGAGGAAGCUGGUGACGGCGAAGGACGCGCUGAGGAAGAGGAGCAGAGAGCUCAAACACAGACUGAAGCAACUGAGGAAGUCACAUUAACACUUCACUUUUUUUGUCACGUUUUCGACUUCACAGCAUCCGGGCUGCAACUUAAUCAUUUCACCAAAGUACUGACUCGUGUAAGAUGAACCACAAGAACCAUAAUUCCCUGAU